CCGGCGCGACGGGCCAUGGAGGCGGCGGCGGGUCUGGGUGCGGGCCCGGCGGAGGCGGCGGAGCGGGACGGGCCGGGGUCGGGGUCGGGGCCCGAGGGGCCGGGGGCGGCAGCAGCGCCGCCCCCGGCCCCGCCGCCCGGCCCGCGCGAGGCGGAAGUGACGGUGGAGAUCGGCGAGACCUACCUGUGCCGGCGCGCCGACGGGGCCUGGCACUCGGCCGAGGUGAUCCAGUCCCGCAUCAACGAGCAGGAGUCGCGGGAGGAGUACUACGUGCACUAUGUCGGCUUCAACCGGCGCCUGGACGAGUGGGUGGACAAGAACCGGCUGGCCCUCACCAAGACGGUCAAGGACGCGGUGCAGAAGAACACGGAGCAGUACAUGAGCGAGCUGGCCGAGCAGCCCGAGCGCAAGAUCACCCGCAACCAGAAGCGCAAGCACGAUGAGAUCAACCACGUCCAGAAGACCUACGCAGAGAUGGACCCCACCACGGCCGCCCUGGAGAAGGAGCACGAGGCGAUCACCAAGGUGAAGUACGUGGACAAGAUCCACAUCGGGCACUACGAGAUCGACGCCUGGUACUUCUCGCCCUUCCCAGAGGAUUAUGGGAAGCAGCCGAAGCUCUGGAUCUGCGAGUACUGCCUCAAGUACAUGAAGUUCGAGAAGACCUACCGCUUCCACCUGGGGCAGUGCCAGUGGCGCCAGCCCCCGGGGCGGGAGAUCUACCGCAAGAGCAACAUCUCCGUGUACGAGGUCGACGGGAAAGACCACAAGAUCUACUGCCAGAACCUGUGCCUAUUGGCCAAGCUCUUCCUGGACCAUAAGACCCUCUACUUCGACGUGGAGCCCUUCGUCUUCUACAUCCUCACCGAGGUUGACCGCCAGGGUGCCCACAUUGUCGGCUACUUCUCCAAGGAGAAAGAGUCUCCGGACGGCAACAACGUGGCCUGCAUCCUCACUCUGCCCCCCUACCAGCGACGGGGCUACGGGAAAUUCCUCAUUGCCUUCAGCUACGAGCUGUCCAAGCUGGAGAGUACGGUGGGGUCGCCAGAGAAACCGCUCUCAGACCUGGGCAAGCUGAGCUACCGCAGCUACUGGUCCUGGGUGCUCCUGGAGAUCCUGCGGGACUUCCGGGGCACCCUGUCCAUCAAGGACCUCAGCCAGAUGACCAGCAUCACGCAGAACGACAUCAUCAGCACGCUGCAGUCGCUCAACAUGGUGAAGUACUGGAAGGGGCAGCACGUCAUCUGCGUCACCCCCAAGCUGGUGGAGGAGCACCUCAAAAGCGCCCAGUACAAGAAGCCGCCCAUCACUGUGGACUCGGUUUGUCUUCGCUGGGCCCCUCCCAAGCACAAGCAGGCCAAGAUCUCCAAGAAGUGACCGUCUCCGUGGUGCGGCUGAGGCUGGGGAGGAGCUGCCGGCAACGGUGUAGAACAGCCCACGGCUAGCGCCAGGACGCCUGGGUUUGGCGGGGGGCUGGGGGCCCGGCCACCUGGAUUUUGGGGGGGCGGGGUGGGGGAGGGGAUUGUAUAUAACAUAGUUGUCAGAAGAACAUGUAUUUUUAAUAAUAAAACAGCAGAAAUUGCUUCACA